AUGCGUCCAGAGCUCAUAGUCUCGGCUCUGGCCGCCGCCCACGGGGCCGCGGGUCGUGCCGUUGCUACUCGUCAAGUAUCCGGAGACUUGGACUCCCCAGAGCAGUUCCAGCUGUUCGCGCAGUAUUCCUUCUCGUCGUACUGCACGCGUCUACACGACACAUCCCUCAACACACCUGUCUGCACCAACUUGGACAAAACUUCAUGCCUGAACUUUGAAAACGCCAGUACAGUUGCAGAAUUUACUGCCAAUGGCCGAUUUCAAGUUGGGGGUUACGUCGCGAAAAACCCGAGCAAGCAGCAUAUUGCAGUGGUUCUCAAGGGAACUGAUUCUGCCGGUGACAUUGCAACGGAUGCGGCUAUAGGCCAGAUUGAUAGUGACCUUUGUGCAGGGUGCAAAGUUCAUAAAGGCUUUGGCAGUGCGUUUGAUCAGCUUAAAGGUCAGCUUGAGCAAACAAUCAAGACAGAAAAAGCAGUCCCUGGCCAAGAAAACUGGCGCCUUGUCGUGACUGGCCAUUCUCUCGGCGCGGCUGUAGCGACCAUAGCCGGUUCAUCUCUUCGCAAGCAAGGCAUGUCCCUCGACAUGUAUCUCUAUGGCUCGCCGCUGGUCGGCAACGACAGAUUUGCUGAAUUCGUAUCCUCGCAAGGGGGUGGCUUCACUGCGCGCAUCACCAACGCCAGGGAUCCCGUUACGGCGAUCCCCAAGAAUCCCCUCUCCCCAAAGACAUAUAAGCACAUUUCUCCCGAGUACUGGUACGCAGACGGCGUUGAGGGGCCUCGGGGGUUGUACACGACGGGCCGGCAGAUAUGCGGCGGACUUGAAGCCGUGCGAUGGACAACGGGGCCGCACGCCCUUGGACAUCAUACCAGGACUAACCGAGGCUUUGGAGACCGCCAAGAAGAUAGAGGAUUAAAAGAAAGACAUGAAGAAGGUCGAGGCUCGUGGGCGGCUAUUACACUUGGAGUAAUGCUAGUUUACGAGGCGACUAUGAUUCUUGUUUACCUUUCUGUUCCUUGCAAGUGA